AUGCGCGUUGCUACAGCUACUAUUAGCAUAGCGCUACGGAGGAUCCCGCUUGAUAAGGAUUGGCGCGUCAAACAAUCCUCCAACAUUAAGCCCAUCGCGACCUCCUACAUACCAGUGGCCCAGUUCCCUACUGUAGUGCAUCUGGAUCUGCUCGCAAACAACUUAAUUCCAGACCCCUACAUUGGCACCAACGAGCUCGAAUGUCUCUGGAUAAAUUCCGCCUCGUGGACCUACCGCACGCACUUCACACCUCCAAAGUUGCAGUCAAAUGAAUCGCUCACACUGGUCUUCGAGGGCCUCGACACAGCCGUCGAUGUGUACCUCAACUCGGAACAUCUCUUCUUCUCGAAGAAUAUGUUUAUCCCACAGAGUGUGGAUAUAUCUGCACAAGCUUUGACUGCGGGGCAUUUCGUAUUAGAGCUUCGCUUUCGCGCCCCGAGCGAGUUUGCCAAGGAGGAGGAACAAAGGGUGGGCUAUAAAAAGGCAGAGACAGAUGAUACUUUGAUGGGAGGCCAUGAGAGAAUGUAUCUCCGGAAAGCACAAUACCACUGGGGAUGGGAUUGGGGCCCGGCAUUGGCUUCGACAGGGCCAUAUCUACCGAUUUACUUAGAAGUGUAUCAGGCACGGAUCAAUAACUUGAAGAUCCUCCCAUCAGUAAACGAGUCGCUAGAUAAAGCUACCGUUCAAAUCUCAGCGCAUAUCGAAGGUCAUUCCGGCAGAUUCGUUCUUGUGGAAAUUGCAAAUCCAGAGGGCGGAGUAGCGCUUAGAAAGAUAUUCCCUGUGAAUGUUGUUGGGGCCUUUGAGCAGGCAGUGGAGCUUGAAAGUCCGGAGCUUUGGUGGCCACAUACACAUGGUAAACAGCCAUUGUAUCAGGUGAAAGUGGAGCUAUUCAACACAGUACAGUCUCUUCACUCUAUCACCACUGCCCUGGGACUUCGCCGCCUCCGACUGCAACAAACCUCCCUCAAUUCUGUCCCAGGCACCUCUUUUACCUUCGUUAUCAAUAAUGUUCCCAUAUUUGCCUCUGGCUCAAACUGGAUUCCCGGUGACUUCUUUCUGCCACGUUUUACACACCCCCAGGACGAACCCACCGAAAGCAAUUACAGGCGCUGGCUCUCUCUGGCUAAAUCCGGCAAUCAGAACACCAUCCGCGUUUGGGGUGGCGGUAUCGUUGAAACAACUGACUUUUACAAUCUCUGCGACGAGCUCGGACUCCUCGUGUGGCAGGAUCUCCUAUUCGCAUGCGGUAACUACCCGGCAAACGACGAGUUCUGCGCCUCUGUCAAACAGGAAACUAUCACUCAAAUAAGCAGAGUUGUGCAUCACCCAAGUUUGGUUCUGAUCUGUGGAGAUAACGAGGAUAUGUGGCUGGCAGGCUUGUAUGGCUGGGAUUAUAAUCCGGAGGAUAAGAAGGUUGAGAACUGGAUGCGUGGGAACUUUCAGCAUCGAAGGACGCUAGAAAUAGUUCUUCCCGAGGCAUUGAAGGAGGUUGGUAUAGAAAACACAGGAAUCGAGUAUUGGACGAGUAGUCCCUUCAGUGGAGAGGGUGUAGAGGCGAAUUCGAGGAUUAAGGGAGAUGUGCAUAUAUGGGACGUCUGGCAUGGGCCUAUGUAUCCGUACCAAUCCUACCUACCUCUUAUGGGCCGUUUUGUCUCCGAAUUCGGCUUCGAAUCCCCGCCCUCAAUGCGUACCAUAACCAGCAUGCUCCCCAGCCCUUCGACCCGGCAAUCCCAAUCGCUCGAGUUCCUCGCCCAUGAUAAAGGUCCCGGUGCGGAGCGCCGAGCAACAAUGUACAUGGGCGAGAACUUUCGCUUCGGCAUGGACCCGCUGGAGGACUAUGUCUACUGCGCACAACUACUCCAAGCCGAGGCCGUCAGCUUUGCCGUCCGGAACUGGCGGAGGAAUUUCAAAGGUCCCGGAGAAGAACUCUGUUCCGGCGCACUGGUAUGGCAGUUAAACGAUAACUGGCCGGCGAUAUCAUGGGCUAUUGUGGAUUACUAUCUCCGCCCCAAGCCCGCUUUCUUCACACUAAAGCGCGCACUGGCACACUUCGACAUUGGCCUCGCACGAAACACAACCAAGCGUAAUAUCCCCAUCCUACGCUCAUACCCCGAGGAACAGGCCUUGCUGUCAAUAUGGGGUGUCUCCAACUCGCAUGAGUACACAACAGUUCGGAUCACACUCGCUGCAUUCGACAUUGCUACCGGCGCUAGCGUUGCCCUCGACACGCCUCACAUCACUGGCACACUCAAGCCCAACCGCAGCACCGAGUUCGGAGAAGUCAAUAUCCCCGCCGCAGCAACAACAGUGGUUGCAGCAUACCUCCACGACCGGAACGGGGAGACGCUGCUCGCCCGGUUUGUCUCCUGGCCUGAACCACUCAAAUUUGUUCGUUUCAGCGGCGAUCCCGGUGUGACGGUUAAGGUAAAGAAUGGUGAGGAUAGGGUUGUUGUGACGACGAGGGCACCGGUGAAGGGGUUGGUACUGGAGGCGGGUGAAGAGGGCGACUGGACGGAUAAUUGUGUGGAUGUUGUGCCUGGGGAGGAGCUUGUAGUUGGGGUUAAGAGACUGGGUGAUAAGGAUGUGAAGGGGAGUUGGCUUUGUGACUGGGAGGGGAGGAGGGGUGUGGAGGCUGUGAGAGAGUAG